GUCGCUGCAACACCCUUGCGCGCCGGCUCAGAGUUAUUUCUGGCCAGGCGGCAGAACUGUGGUCUCUGUUGCUGCGAUCUCGGGCCAUUGCCACUCCAGAACGAGCUGGGCUGCCAUCCUUUCGCCAUGGGCUCCCGGCCGCGCGGGGCACUGAGCCUGCUGCUUCUGCUGCUAGCGCGGCCCAACCUCCCAGCCGCAGGCUGCCCGGCGCCGUGCAGCUGCGCGGGGACGCGCGUGGACUGUGGGCGCCGCGGACUGACCUGGGCCUCGCUGCCCGCUGCCUUCCCUCCCGACACCACCGAACUGGUGCUGACCGGCAAUAACUUGACGGCACUGCCGCCCGGGCUUCUGGAUUCACUGCCUGCGUUGCGCGCAGCGCACCUAGGCGCCAACCCCUGGCGCUGCGACUGCCGCUUACUGCCGCUGCGCGCCUGGCUGGCCGGCCGCCGCGAACACCAGUUCUACGGCGACCUGCGCUGCGUCGCGCCCCCCGCGCUGCGCGGCCGCUUGCUGCGCUACGUGGCAGAGGACGAGCUGCGAGCGGCGUGCGCUCCCGGCCUGCUCUGCUGGGGGGCUCUGGUGGCGCAGCUCGCGCUGCUGGUCCUAGGGCUGCUACACGCGCUGCUGCUGGCACUCCUGCUGGGUCGCCUGCGGAGGCUGCGUGCGCACGCGCGCGCCCGUGCCUUCCGUGAGUUAUCGCUCACAGACCGGCUGGUGGACGAGCCGGCCGGAGCCGAUGCAUACUAAGGACAGGCGCAAAGCGACAACGACCUGCAAACUUUGCAGGUUCCUGCUGGAGGACACUCUCCUUCACCUGGAUCAGCCUCGACUUCUGCCCUUGCCCAAUCUUCCAGACCCAAAGUUGGCAGACCUGAAUCCACGUGGGGGCCAAACUGCUGCCAGCACCCCUGGAGUGAAACCAUCCUAAGCCUUCAGAACCUCGGGAUGUGGAGCAGCCAAGCUCCUUACUGAGCAGUCUCUCCCCUGCCAGAGUCAGCACUGAAUAAACUUUCUCCUCCCCCUC